AUGAAAACGUACCUUCAGGCAUACGAUCUAUGGAGUGCUGUGGAGAAUGAUGCCGAGCCACCUCCAUUGAGGGCCAAUCCCACUGUUGCUCAGAUGAGACAGCAUGCAGAGGAGACUGCCAAGAAGCCUAAAGCCAUGGCCUGCUUGCAGAAUAGAGUAUCUGAUGUUAUUUUCACUCGCAUUAUGGCAUGUGACUCACCUAAGCAAGCUUGGGAUAGGUUGAAGGAGGAAUUUAUAGGGUCUGAAAAGACUAGACAGCAACAGCUGAUUAAUCUAAGGAGAGAUUUCGAAAAUCUCAAGAUGAAAGAAGCUGAGACCAUUAAGCAGUAUGCAGAUAAAAUAAUGGCCACAGUGAACAAUAUAAGGCUGCUUGGUGUAGACUUUGCUGAAAGUAGGGUGGUUGAGAAGGUGAUCACCACACUUCCUGAGAGAUUCGAGUCUAAGAUAUCUUCAUUGGAGGACUCAAGAGACCUUACAACCAUUUCUUUAUCAGAAUUGGUGAACUCACUCUAUGCUUUGGAGCAGAGAAGGGCUAAUAGGCAGGGAGAAAACUCUGAGGGAGCCUUUCAAGCAAAGGCCAAAGAGAGCUCUAGUGCAAAUCAAAGAGGCAAGAAGCCUUGGCUUGACAAGAAGGAUAAAAACAGAAAGGAUUCAAGCAAGAAGACCUACCCACCAUGCACUCAUUGCAAAAGAACCACACACUCAGAAAGAAACUGUUAG